CACAACGUACACGAUGACAACAACUUUGUGUUUUGCUCUUUCCUUCAGGAGGUUCAGUCGAGACAGGAAGUUGCAACGAUAGGCUCACCUUCACCAACACUUCCUGCUGCUGUCAGCUCUCCCGGUGUCGGUGUGGACCGUCACUCCCAUGAUGCCUUGCUGGCGGAGGUGGCGAGGUUAGAGGCGGCUCUGGAGGACGUGAGGCGGGACGUGGAGGGUCUGUCUGCGUGUGGCGGCUGCAGAGAGAUCGUCAGAAUCCAGCAGACGGUCUCUGCUCAGGUCUCCUCUCAGGUCCGUGAGGAGGUUCGGUCUCUGGUCUACGGUAACGGGCUGGCGUUGAGGGGCGGGGCCUCUGCAGACCUGCCCGUGUCUCUCCUGCAGUGGCUCUCUCAGCAGUACGUCAGCGAGGCCGACCUGCAGGGGGCGCUGGCCUCUCUGGAGCUGAGCAUCCUGCAGAACAUCAGCCUGCAGCUGAAACGGCGCGGCAGUGACGACACGCUCAGAGAGACCGUCCUGAACGCCGCUGGGGCCGCCGUGACCGAGGAGGACGUCAAUGUGAUCGUGACGAACGCUCUGCGGCUGUUUUCUCAGGACAGAACCGGCCUCGCCGACUACGCUCUGGAGUCUGGAGGGGGCAGCAUCCUGAGCACCCGCUGCUCUCAGACCUACGAGACGAAGGCCGCUCUGCUCAGCCUGUUCGGAGUUCCUCUCUGGUAUUUCUCUCAGUCUCCACGAGUCGUUAUCCAGCCAGAUGUUCAUCCAGGUAACUGCUGGGCCUUCAGAGGGUCUGCGGGCUUCCUGGUGAUCCGGCUCUCCAUGGGGGUCGUCCCAACCGCCUUCUCCCUCGAACACAUCCCUAAAGCCCUGGCGCCGAGCGGGACGCUACGUAGCGCCCCCCGAGACUUCAGCGUCUACGGUCUGGACGAUGAAGUUCAGGAGAGAGGGAAGCUGCUGGGAAAGUACACGUACGAUGAAGACGGAGAAUCCCUGCAGAGUUUUCCUGUUUCUGAGGAGAACGAGCAGGUGUUCCAGAUCAUCGAGGUCCAGGUGUUGUCAAACUGGGGUCAUGAGGUGUACACGUGUCUGUACCGCUUCAGAGUGCACGGGACGCCGCAGCCGCCGCAGCCGCCGCAGCCGCAGACGUCUGACGAAGUCGCUGCAGAAAGCCAAUCUCAAUGACUCUAAAACAAAAAAAAAAAACUGUGGAGACGCAGAGAUGGAUGCGUUUGUUCACCUGCUGCUACCUGACCGACCUGUGCCUGACUGACCCCCCCCCUCAGGUCUCUGGUGGGGGGGGGAGGCGUCCUGCUCUCCUGUGGAGAGAGGAAGCAUCGGAUGUGAUGACAUAAUCCUGUUCAAAGUUAAUAUUUUUAUAUCAGUGUUGUUUUCUAAUCGCCGUUAAAGGUCCGUCAUGUUUUAGCCUUUUUUCUUUAUUUGGCACAUUCCUACACAGCUGUUUGACUCGCCGCACGUCUGCACGUUAAUGAAACUGAAUUAUUCCCCUCGUGUGUCCUCCUGGCUGUGAAGAGAGAGAGACUGGAUUUCUUCACUCCUUCCACUUGAAGACGGUUCAGUCACUGCUGCAGCUGAAGAAUUUAACAGAUUCACCAAAAAUCCUCAGUUUUCGUUUAUUUUUUAAAUUCUUUGUCGAUAAAUUCCUCUUCCUGUGUCAGCAUGCGAGUAUUUUUCAAGAUUAAUUUCCAAAGUUUUAACAGAUUCUAACAUUUUAUAUUUUGGAUGACUGAAGAGUGAAGUAAUCUCCACGGCAACAGUCUGACUCUUGAGUGUGCAUCGUCUCUCACAGUGGCAGACUUUCAAAGUGUCCUUAAACGCCCCAUCAGGCGGCGCCCGCUCACAGCUGUAGAAAUGUACACAAACCUUUAUUGACAAAUGAAUAAAAUGACUCGUGAAUACUUUUGCACUGAAGGACUCGGCUGCACUGACGUCUGUAAAACUUGCAUGUUAAUUUAUUUCUUCAGGUUACUGGAAGAUGAACUUAUUUUUAUAAUUCUUUACGGGAUGUUUUGAAAUGUGUUGGGAACACUUUUUUUUUAUGUGAUGUUUGUGUGUUUUUUUUUGUAUGUGAUUUCAAAGUGAAGAUAAUAAAGAUGAGAUAUUUGCAGUUUUUUAAUAACUGAA